AUGCCCACCCCGCCGCCUCCGCCAAGCCCGGAAUACAGCGUCCCCGGCCUUGGCCUCCUGUUGGCCGGCUCGUUCCUCCUCCCCUGUCUCGCCCGACUAUGCAGGACUAUCCACAAGCGCAGACCAGCGACCAAGACCAGGGCUGCCCUCCCUCAUCAAGACCUGAUAGAGAUAAGUAGCGGACCCCGGGCCGUCUCUCAGGCUGAAGACCAGGCUAUUACUGCCGAACUCGUCCGCGAGGGCGGCUCAGGGAUCGAGGAACAAGACCGCCGACUCCACAGCCCGCCGAACGUCCAUCAUGACUCUGGCGUCCAGCCUGAGAGCGCCUCCGUCGCCCUCGCCAGAGCCUGGAAGGAAGUAUCCAUCACCCUCUGCGCCCUUGGCAUGCUCUUCACCGCCCUCGCACGCUACCCGAUCUCCACCGCCCACCCCCAUGACGGAGGGCCAGAUGGGCUUCUGAUGCCUAUCAUCCUCUGGGGCUCUGUGUCAGUCAUGUCAGCCACAAGACUCCUGAUCCGGAUCCGAUCAGAAAUCCUGCAACGCGCCCGGCCCGGCCCGGCGUAUUUCGCGCUCGAAUACCGCUGCCUGGCGCUCUUUCUAAUCAGCCUGCCUCUCGAGCUACUCGACACCCGCAGACUCCUCCUGCAGCAUCUCAGCGGACACCAACACGCCGGCACUGGGCCAACGCGUCAGCUCGUCGCCAUCCGCGUCUCGAGUGUGCUCUUCUUGGUGGCUGCAAAUCUGCUCGAGUUAGUCACGCCACGGCCGACAACACACAGGGCACCCAUCGUGCCGGCUGACCGUCCGGAACAUGGCGGCAAACGGCCUGGCCCGCUAGAGCCGGGCUGCUCGUUCCUCUCGCUGGCGUUCUUCAUCCACACCGAUCCUUAUCUGUGGCGCCACAGAUCCUCGACGCCCACUGAGGGAUCGAUCCCGGACUUGCGAGCGGACGACAAGGCCGGCGCCGUUCUGUUCCGGUGGAAGAAGGAGCAGGAUGGAUCCCAGGCAGGGCCGCCGCUCGGGCCCACCCUGCUCUGGCACUUCCGACACAUCCUCUGGAGCCAGCAACUCUUUGCGUACUGCAACGCGCUCGGAUCCUUGUUGCCGCCGUUCUUCUUGCAACGCAUCCUCCGAUUCGUCGCCUCGAAAUCGGACGAAAACGCCCAGCCGGGCCAUGUGGCCCUGAUGUAUGCGUGUGGGAUGCUCGCCACUCAGCUCUUCCUGGCCUUCUCCCUCUCUGCCAGUCUGAUGACCGGCCGACGUCUCUCGCUACGGCUGAGGGCCUUGUUAACCACGCUGAUAUUCACCAAAUCCCUGCGCCGAACGGGCGCGACUCCGAAAGCACCAGAUGCUCACCGAGGUGAGGAGGAGCCGUCGACUGGCAAGAAAUCCUCGCCCAAGGAGAGUGCGUCCACGGGAAAAAUCGCAAACCUUGUCUCCAACGAUGUGGCCAGCUUGGCCGAAAUCGGGUCCCAUCUCCACUUCCUCUGGCCCGAGAGUCCCAUUCAACUUAUCCUGGCGGGCAUAUAUCUGUACAUUCUUCUGGGUUACAGCGCGUUGGUAGGGAUGUUUUGCAUAGUCAUCGCCGUGCCCGUCCAGAGCUACUUCACGGCUGUUUGGGCUAGAUAUCAAGCUAUGUUGAUGGCAGCUGCCGAUAAACGGUUAGGCUUGGCCACAGAAGUGAUCAACAAUAUCAAAGUGGUCAAGUUCUUCGCGUGGGAGUCAAACUUUCUGCGAAAAAUGCAUGCCUUGCGUGAAGCUGAAUUGGCUUUGCUGUUCAAGCGUUUAUUGGUCACCGUUGGUGAAUCAGCCGUAUCAUUUUCGGUGCCGAUCAUUGUUAGCAUGGUGACCUUUUACACGCACACCAAAGUGUUUGGCAAAUCGUUGAGUGCAGAGGAGGCUUUUACGGCAUUGGCCUUGUUCAACGUCUUCAAAUUUCCCCUUUCCGUCCUGGUCUUCACGAUCUCUGGCGUCUUGCAGUCUUAUGUGUCCUUAAAGCGCAUCGAAAGCUUCUUGAAUGAGGAAGAGACAGAAAAGGAUGCAACGUUCACCUACGCCGCGAACAAAAAAGAUGCAGGCUCCACAAUCGAGUCCUCCACAUUCAGGCUGAGUGGUCUCGACUUUGCUUUCCCUGAAGGAAAGCUCAGUUUGAUUAUAGGGCGAGGCAAGGGCAAAAGUACCCUCCUCCUGUCUCUCCUGGGUGAAACUACUAAGCUUAGCGGAGAGGCAUUCUUACCCUGCCCUGUGUCGAGAGCCUGGGGGUUGGAUCCUGACGCUCAACUCAGCGACACGACCGCUUACUGCCCGCAACAGCCAUGGCUUUUAUCUGAUUCCAUCCGCAAUAACAUUCUCUACGGUAGUUCGAUGAAUCGCUCAAGAUACACCCAAGUUCUCAAAGCGUGUGCAUUGGCUCCGGAUCUCAGACCAUUUACUGACGGCGAUUUGACUGAAAUCGGCGACAAAGGUACGGUGUUGAGUGGAGGCCAGAAGGCGAGGAUUUCUUUAGCUCGGGCCUUGUAUUCCCCCGCCAAAGUUCUCUUGUUGGACGACGUUUUGAGCGCUGUGGACUCUCAUACUGCCCAACAUUUAUUCAACCAUGCGCUGAAUGGCCCUCUGAUGAAUGAGCGGACAUGUAUACUAGUAACACACGCCGUGGACUUGUGCAUGCCAGCUGCAUCGUUUGUUGUUUCCUUGGACCGAGGGCAAGUCGCACACGCUGGAGACCCCUCCCUGUCCAAGCUCGCUUCUGCCUUGGUAACCACAUCGGAGAACACUGAAGUCGAAAACAAGAAAAGUGCCCCCGAGGUUAGGCCUGAGCUUACCAUUGAGAAUCUCGCGGCGCCAAUGUUGAACGAGGAGGACGCAGUAGUGGAAAUCAAGACGCGGGCAACCCAAAGAUUGGUUAAGGAAGAGCAUCAAGCUGUUGGUGCAGUCAGUCUGACAACUUACAGACUUUAUUACGAUUGUCUGGGUGGCUUGAUGCCUCUUUUCAUCACCUUCGUCUUGUUCAUUUUGGCGGAACUGGGAAAUGUUCUAUCAACAUGGGUCCUCAAGCAAUGGGCCGGGAGCAAUCAGACAUCUCCCGCUCCGAGCAGUCCAAUGUCUUCCAGUUUGCUCAAUCUUUCAAGUGUAGCUACAUCUACCAAGAUUUCAUCGACGAGCUCGGAACUGCUGACUUCCGAUUCCUCGUCACUAGAGGAUCCAACCCGAGAAGCACGCUUAGAUCGUUACAUUUUAUUAUAUCUUCUCACCGGCAUAUUUGCACUGGCCUUCGAGCUCAUGAGAGAGACUUAUUUCACCCGCCGGAGCAUCAUCGCUGGCCGCAAAAUCUACGAACGUUUAAUCGGCACACUUCUCAAUGCUCAAGUGCGAUUUUUCGAUACUGUGCCGAUGGGGCGGAUCCUCAAUCGACUCUCGACUGACGUCCGCACAGUUGAUCAAGACCUGUCCAAUGUUCUGAUUCACUUGGCGGAGGAUGUACUGGGGACGAUCGCCAUUCUGAUCGUUGUGGUUGGCGUUUUGCCCACGGGAUUCCUCGUUUUCGCUGUUGGCACUUCUUUGAUCUAUGUGGCGAUCGGUUACCUAUAUCUGGCUUCGACGAGAGAACUCAAACGCUUCGAGUCGACUUCCCGUUCCCCCGUUAUUUCUCUGUGUACAGAGUGUCUGGGCGGCGUGACCUCAAUUAGAGCUUACGGCGAUAUUGGGCGCUACACCCAGCAGAUGUUUCAGCUCAUCGACGCAUACAACCGCCCAUUUUUUAUGCUAUGGAUGUGCAACAGAUGGCUUUCUUGCCGGAUUGACACUGCUGUUGCACUCUUUACUUUCCUGGUGGUCAUUUAUAUUAUUCAAAGUGACAUGCCUGCCGCCUUGUCGGGAUUUGCGUUGUCGUAUGUGAUUACCCUCAACAAAAAAACCUUGUGGAUCGUUAGAUGGUGGGGCGUAAAUGAAAUAAAUUUCAAUUCUAUGGAGCGAAUUCAUGAAUACCUCCGAGUUGAGCAAGAACCCAAGAAUGGGAUUCAGCCGCCCGCCGCCUGGCCUUCAAAACAAGGCACCGUCGAAGUUGAGGGCCUGACGGCCAGAUAUGCACCUCAUUUGCCGCCGGUCUUGAAGUCGGUUAGCUUUAGUAUCAAAGCCGGCGAGAAGAUUGGCAUCUGUGGGCGAACCGGAAGUGGGAAAAGUACAUUGGCACUAAGCUUCUUCCGAUUCAUCGAAGCCGAGGCCGGCCGAAUUAUCAUUGACGGACUCGAUAUAUCAAAGCUAGACCUGGCUUCUCUGAGGAGUAGAAUGACCAUCAUUCCGCAGGAGAGCGUCUUGUUUUCUGCAACAAUUCGAUGGAACUUGGAUCCAUUCUCAGAGCAUGAUGAUACCCAAAUUUGGGAUGCCUUGCGUCGAGUCGGAAUGGCUGCCUCUUCAUCUGAACUCCCGCUAAAUGGUAGUAACGCUGCAAACGCUCCGCCUGACGCCAGCUCAAGCGCUCACGAUGUACAAUUCAUCACAAGUCUAAACAUGGAGGUUAAGGAAGGAGGGAAGAAUUUCAGUACAGGUCAACGCCAGCUCUUGGCAAUUGCCCGCGCAAUCCUUAAAUUGGAAAACUCGGCCUUGCUCAUUCUGGACGAAUCGACUGCGAGCUUGGAUGCCGAAUCGGACGAAAAGAUCCAAGCAGCCAUCCGAACAGAAAUGGGCAAUUCAACGAUUCUAUGCAUCGCACAUCGGCUGAAAACAAUAAUUGACUACGACAAAGUGCUGGUUUUAUCAGACGGCGAAGUCUUAGAAUUUGAUGAGCCCUGGAGGCUACUACUGGACGAUGAGGGGGGUGAAGGAGAAGUCACGAAACCCUCCGCAUUUAAAGAGCUUUGCCUCAAGUCUGGCCAUUACGAUGAGCUCAAACAAUCCGCCUUGCAGUUGCGGGCUAAAAACCUCCGGUCUACAUAA